AACUGUCGCUGAAGCCAACUCGGAGUUUGACUCUGGGUCCUGCGCAGUCCUGCGCACCCUUAAACUUUCGAAGAGAUUCCUAAUAAAUGUUCACAUUUGUAAAGAGUGAAAAAAGUUAGUGCUUCGUACCGCGAUCUAAUAGCUCGAUGAAGAUGGAAUUGUACAAUGGUAUCAUCGUGAAAGACUAAUAUGUCGGUGACAUUGUUUGGUUAUGGAUCCUAAUAGUUGCUCUCCAGUAACGAAUAUGAGAUAUCCUUUCUCCAGCAAUUUACCAUAUGUUUGAUCAAUAUCGGAGCUACAUGGACUAACUCGUCUUCACGUUAAUUGAUGGUUCCCAUGGAAAAUAUAUAGAAUGGCAGAUAACAUACGAUUGGAAGAGAUUAUUAUUGUGACUAGCGAUACAAUAACAUCUCAUACACCAAAUCCAAGUGACACUAGACAGUCUCCAGGAUUGCUGAUGAUGCAUUCGUCAACUGCAAUAAGAUCUGCACCAUCUAUUAGUACAAGAGGUUUUAAUUUUGGUGCUAGAACCAUGGAACAGUCCAGAAUGUUUGCAAAUAAUAUAUCUUCUACCAUAGAAGAGAUCAGGCCUUUUAUAGAACAUGUACGUAUUCAACCUAAUAUUUCGUUAAGCUCGUUAUUAAAUAUUCAAAGAAUUCAAAAUUCACCAAACACGAUAGCUCCUUCGUCCGAUAAUUUUAUAAUUAACGUCGAAGAUCAGCCGAGCGGCUCCCAUUCGCACGAAGUUUCGAGUCACGAUAACCAUCAUGUCGGCGAAAAUCAAAACAAUAAUACUAAUAUUGCCAUUAAUCAUAAUAACAAUAAUAAUUCCCAGGAAAACUCGACAGAGACGAUACAAAUCAGUCCAGAAACGCGUGCAUUAAUCACAGUACUUCAAAGAUACGCCCCUUUCGUUCUUAUUCUUCUCGCCAAAGGUCUUUACGAUUAUAGAGCCGGUAUACUGAACUUCGUGGUAUUACUCGUUGCAUUUAAUCACGCUAAUGAUGUUGUGAAACGCGAAAUUGGAAAACAACAUAAUAAAAGUUGGACGUCACUUUUAUUUAUUACAUGUCAUAUACUUGGGUCUAUGUUCUUUAUUAAUCCUUUCGAGAGCGAUACACAUAUAUUUUCGUCGUAUACUCAACCUCUUACAGUCUGGGAAUUGCUGUGGUCAGUCCUGAUAACAGACUUUAUUUUGAAACUAAUCACUAUUAUUUGUAAAAUUUUCGUAACGUGUUUACCUGCGAAAAUAUUGGCGCUUCGAAAAAGGGGAAAGUACUAUCUCAUGAUCGAAGCAACAUCUCAACUUUACCGAUGCGGUGCACCUAUUCAAUCAUGGUUAUAUUAUUUUUUCGAAGCAUAUCAAGGACCCGAAAAAAUUCUAGGUGUACUUUUCUCUGUAGUAUAUACAGUGAGCAAAGGAAAUGAUUUAUUAUCUCGUGCAAAGUUUUUCCAAACCGCUAUUAGGAAAUUGUUCCAGAACGUAAAUUUGGGCGUGUCACCAUCGAAAGAAGAAUUAAUAGCAUCCGGUGGUAUUUGUGCGAUUUGUCACGAUGAAUAUUCGAUACCAGUGAUUCUACAUUGUAAACACAUUUUUUGUGAAACGUGUGUUCUAACCUGGUUAGACAAAGAACGUACGUGCCCAUUAUGUCGUGCUAAUAUUACAGAUGAUCCUACUUAUCGCGACGGACAUACAACGUAUUUUGUUCAAUUAUACUGACUGUCAUGUAUUAUGUAUACUAUAAUUUUUGUAGGCUUCUUAAACUUCUGAUAUUCAUAAAAGCCUCGUGCUAAGUAUUUAAUUUACAGAUACAAUUUUCUGUAGUUAUUUGUAAUAUUUUUAUCGUAGCAUGAUUUACGUAAUUAUCUUUGUUACACUAAUGAAUUUGUAAAAUAUUCUGUACAUAAGAACUAAUAGAAAUAUUUGUAUAAAAAUAAUGAAAUUAAUAUUGCUAAACAAAAUGUAUCAAACAUUAUUUAAUUAUUUAUUCACGAGUAAAUAAUUAUGAAUUUUGUUCGAAUGUACUAUUAUAUAUCGCGUUCAGUGUAUAUAUUGAAAAGUUAUUUCAUACAUGACAAUAAACAUUAAUAGUCAAAGUAUGAGAGAGAUAUGAUUGUAUAAAACUGGCUUAAAUGCUAAACAGUUUUUGUUGUUGAUUAUAUUUCAAUAUUUGGUCAUCAACACUAUGAAUGAAGUGUUAUGUGCAAGUAAUAUAAUUAAAAUCACACUGUAGACUGGUUUCAUUAAUGUACAACAUAAGUAUUUUCUCUGAGACAUUAUAAAACAUAUUGUCAUACAGGACUGUAACACUAACAAUAAAGUAAUUAUUAUGUACGGGUA